AUGUCGGAAGAACUUUUUAGCGAGUUAUAUGCGGAUGUUUUGUCGGAUUGUCCGAGUGAUUUCGAGUUCAGUGAUUCUGAUAGUGAUGAUUCAGACAUUAGACCAUCAAAACGACAAAGAAGAAUUCUUUCCGAUAGUGAAGCAGAUAGUGAUGAAGAGUGGAAUGAUAUUGAUAUUGUUCCUUCUUUGGAAGAUUAUUCGAGAAAUUCGAGAGUACCGAACUUCGAAUGUGAUCCACCAAGCAUCGUUGAUGUAAUCGAUUCGUUUUUUGAUGAAGAAUUUUUCAAUUUGGUUGUUUCUCAAACAAAUCUAUAUCACACCCAAAUGAAAGAUUUGCAUAAAAAUUCAGCCAAAACUUUACAGUGGAAGGAAGUAACAACGAACGAUAUGAAAAAGUUCCUUGGAUUGUUGGUAUUGAUGGGACAAACGAAAAAAACUUGCUGGAGAGAUUAUUGGUCAACUGACCCUUUGGUGGAAAUACCAAUAUUCCCUAAAACAAUGAGCAGGAUGAGGUUUGAACAGAUCUUCACAUUUUUCCACCUCAGUGAUAACGUUGAAAAUGUACUUAGUACAGAUAGGCUUUAUAAAAUUAGACCUCUCUUAGACUACGUUAUUUCCAAAAGUCAAUCGAUGUAUGUACCGAAGCAGCAAUUAUCAUUAGACGAAGCAAUGAUACCAUGGAGAGGACGUCUAAAAUUCAAAACAUAUAAUCCUGCAAAAAUUACAAAAUACGGAAUUUUAGUGAGAAUGGUUUGUGAAAGUGAGUCAGGGUACAUUUGCAACCUUGAAGUUUAUUCUGGUGUUGGGAAAAAACUUGAAGAAACAAUAUUGUCAAUUUUGCAACCGUAUUUUGGAUUUAAUCAUCACGUGUAUCAAGAUAAUUAUUACAACAACGUUUCAACAGCUAGUAUUUUACUUGAAAAUAAAAUACGUGAAUGUGGUACCAUUCGCGAAAACCGUGGCUUGCCAAAAUUACUUACAGAAAAAUCCAAAAAUCUUCAGAGAAGGCAAAUGACAUUUUUACGAAAAGGACCGAUUCUGCUCCUCACAUGGAAGGAUAAAAGGAAGGCGCACAAAGACAAAGCAACACAACUAGACAUCACAACGUACACAACAAGACUAUCCCAAUAUAAACAAACCCAGAGGGGGACACAGAGACCGCGGGCUGAAACCCUUGCACCUCAAGGGAUGUAA